GCGCGCCGACCCACGUGUGUAUGAGAGCUGAGAGCGGUGUUUUCGUCAAUCCGGGUUUUUUAUUGUGUGUUGUUGUAAACUGUGACAUUUUAAUCGACAGGAGAACAAAAUAAUAUCAUUAAAAAGGCUGAACAGACGGUUUGGACGUGAAGUGAAGCGAAGCCGACGCAGAUAUGGAUCGAGGCGCAGAUCGCACGGGAGCCGAGGACGAGGAGCUGGACAAGUCUGAGGAGGAAGACGAGGUCGAAGAUGCUAACCAGAAUGUGGAUGGUCGUGGUGAUGAGGAGGAGGGGGAGGAGGCAGAGGACGAUGAUCUCAGUAAAGACAAGAAAACAAAGGGGAAGAAGUGUGUUCCAGGCAUCGUGUACCUGGGCCACAUUCCACCGAGAAUAAGGCCCAAGCACGUGCGCAACAUGCUGGCGGUGUACGGAGAAAUCGGGCGGGUUUUCCUUCAGUCUGAAGAUCGCUCGGUAAAGAGGAAGAAGAGGAAAGCGGGAAGCAACGGAUCACGGUACGUAGAAGGCUGGGUGGAGUUCAGAGACAAGCACGUGGCCAAGAGAGUGGCGGCGUCUCUGCACAACACGCCCAUGACCAACCGCAAGAGGAGCCACUUCAGCAGCGACCUGUGGUGCAUCAAAUAUCUUCACAGGUUCCAGUGGUGCCACCUGAGCGAGCGGCUGGCGUACGAGCAGACGGUGUACCAGCAGCGCAUGAGGACGGAGAUCUCGCAGGCCAAGCGUGAGACCAACUUCUACCUGGCCUCUGUGGAGAAGAGCCAGACCCUGGACAGGCUGAGGAAGAAGAGGGCGAAGAAAGGCGAGGUGGUGGAGGAGAAAGGCUGGGACUUCACGCAACGGCGCACCGAGGACGAGAUGAGGCUGAAGAAGAGCGGCUUGUCCAAGAAGAACCUCCAGAAAGCUCAAGAGAAGAGCAGAGCCAUCCAGGAGAAAGCGCAGUCCAACGCGACUCUGCUGGCCAAGAUUUUCAGCAGAGGGGCUUCACACGAACAGGUCUAAAUCUCUUCAUUGCGAAGGGAUUAAAAACCCAGACGAGGUUUCUGGUAGGAGGGACGUUACCAUUACAGAAGCAGGACUUCACCGUCUGCAUCAAACCAGAAGCUGUUGGAUUGUUGGGCUUCAGAUCUGUUUUAUUGUGUAAUAUAUAAUAAUUUUUUUUUAUAAUACGCAGCAAAACGUACUGCUUUCGCUCCAUCGUAAACAUUCUCCAAUAGUUGAUAAAGUCUGAAGUCAUUAAUAGAAUAAGGAUUUGAAUUCAGUUUCACCUGUUCACACUGUGUCUCAUAUUUGUGUAAAUAAUGCAUUUCUGUAAUUACCAUAUUAAAGAAAUAAUAAAUGUAAAAACAUCUUCAUCUUCAAUCAUCAUGUUUUAAACCAACAGAGGAAUUAUAUAUCAGAUGUUCUAAAAAGGCUUUCAAUAAAAUAUCAAACGAA